AUGCAAGAAAUUUCAAAAGAAUUAAGCAAUUAAAAAAGUUUGAAACAAUUUAAUUAGACCAUUUAUGUUGAAUAUCAAUUAUUCAUUGUAAAAUCAUAGACGAUGUUAAUGAAUUUUAUUGAAUUAGAUUAAACCAGAAAUUAAAAUUUGAAAGAAUAAAGUUAUCCUGGUCAAUCUCAAUUAACAAAGCCAAAGAAAUAUAAAAAGUGGAUAUUCCUAAUUAUUUUUGCAAUUAUUUUGUGUGUUUUUUAUUAUUAAGUCAACCAUAGAGAAACAAAGAAACAUAAUAUGUGUUUGAUAAAAGAUUUAGUUCUGAGUUGAUUAAUUCUAUAAAGCUUAAUGGUGAUUGCUUUGCUAUUGCAUUUAAUAAAGAGUUAUCAAUUAAGAUUACUGGCAAUGAUAACGAUAUUGAUGUACAUGAAUUCAAAGAUGGAUAAAUUUAAUUCUUUUAAACAUUGAAAGGUCAUGACGUUGAUGUUAGCACACUAUAUUUUAUGAAGAAUUCAAAUUAAUUUAUAUCCGGCGGUUACGAUAAUACAAAAAUAAUAUGGUAAAUUAAGAAUAGUAAAUGGUAAGCUUAAUAUAAAUUGAAACAUACAGGUUUUGUAAAUCAUAUAAUCACGAAUGCUAAAGAAAAUCUUAUUAUAUCUGCCAGUGAUGAGGAAACUAUUAAAUUUUGGUAGAAACAACAUGAUUAAUGGAAGCUAAUUUAAACAAUAUCGGAUCUUGAUUUUGCAUAUAAUUUAAGUUUAAAUGAAUCUCAAAAUUAAUUAAUAUGUGCUAAUGGUGAUCACCUGAUGGAAUAAUAAAGAGAUGAUAAGAGAUGGAUUUAAAUAUAAAAAAAUUCAAUUAGAAGAUUACGGUAAGCAACUUAGUUUUAUUGA